CCCCUUCCCUCUCUACGCGGCGUUGAGAUUUUUAAUGGGACAGAUGGUUUCGGAUGGUGCUGUCCAAGAACAGCCAGCUCCAAAAGUUGGGGUCAUUAAAAAUGGAAGGGAAAUCCUACUCCAGGCUUUUAACUGGGAAUCCCAUAAGCACAACUGGUGGAGUAAUUUGGAUGGCAGAGUCGCAGACAUCGCUAAAUCUGGGUUUACGGCAGCAUGGCUGCCUCCGCCAACACAAUCAUUAUCUCAAGAAGGUUAUCUGCCACAAAACCUGUACAGUCUUGACUCUUGUUACGGUUCUCUCCAGCAGCUGAAUUCUUUGAUUCAGAACAUGAAUGACCACAAUAUAAGGGCUAUGGCUGAUGUAGUUAUUAACCACCGAGUUGGGACUACUCAAGGAUCCAAUGGAAUGUAUAAUCGUUAUGAUGGUAUCCCAAUACCGUGGGAUGAACAUGCUGUUACAUCCUGUUCUGGCGGGAAGGGGAACAAAAGUACCGGCGAUAACUUUGAUGGGAUUCCCAACAUAGAUCAUACCCAGCAAUUUGUAAGGAAGGAUAUUACUGAAUGGCUGAUCUGGCUUCGCGAAACCAUUGGGUUUCAAGAUUUCCGGUUCGAUUUCACAAAAGGUUAUGCUUCAAAGUAUGUGAAAGAAUACAUUGAGGAAUCAAAACCUCUUUUUGCAGUGGGUGAAUACUGGGACAGCUGUGAAUACAGUUCCACUGACAACCGCCUGAGCUACAAUCAGGAUAAACAUAGGCAGAGAAUUAUCAAUUGGAUCGAUAGCGCUGGAGGACUUUGUGCUGCGUUUGAUUUCACCACAAAGGGUAUUCUUCAGGAAGCUGUGAAAGGAGAGUUGUGGCGUUUGCGUGACCCUGAAGAAAAGCCGCCUGGUGUGAUGGGUUGGUGGCCUUCAAGAUCAGUUACAUUUAUUGAAAAUCAUGACACGGGGUCAACCCAGGGGCAUUGGCCUUUUCCAUCUGAUCAUGUGAUGGAGGGAUAUGCAUAUAUACUUACUCAUCCCGGGAUCCCCACCGUGUUCUACGAUCACUUUUAUGACUGGGGAGAUUCUUUCCAUGGCGAAAUAGCAAAACUGAUGGAGAUUAGGAAAUGCCAAGACAUACACAGUCGGUCAACUGUUAAAAUUUUGGAGGCAAGCUCAAAUCUGUACUCUGCCGUAAUCGAUGAUAAGUUGUGCAUGAAGAUUGGAGAAGGCUCCUGGUGCCCAAGCGAAGCGGAGUGGAAGCUGGCGGCAUCUGGAAACAGAUAUGCUGUGUGGCACAAGUAGCCUGCUAUAAGCCACAUCAGCGUAUCUUAUUUCUGACGAACCAAAGAUUAAAAGCCUGAUAACUGAAAUACAUCACACAGAUUAUUGCAGCAUAACCUAGUGGGAAUAAUGAUGUGUAAGCGGGUAGCUCGGUUGCUGAAGAAGUGCUGGUGC